UUCCCAUUCAUUUGUACAGGCGCUUUUUUGGACCUGAGAGGGAGGAAGGAGUAAGCAUUCUACAAAGCUGUGGUUCCUAUGUGACGCGAAACUGGGUUGAAAAGAAAAGAGUUGAAGAUGAUGGAACAAGAUAAAGAAUCGAGAACUUUUUAUGAAAUAAUUUUGAAAUAUUUUCUACCAAUGCCAGUGGUAGAGAACGAAAAUGUGAAACACAGAGUCCGCGAGCGUUCAACAACAAACAUGGCCAAAGCAUUUGUAGAAAAACUCUCAGUCCCUGUGACACAAAACCAAUCUCAAGUAAGUUCUGGAAGUCGCUUGGAUGGGUUGUCAGUCCCGGAGCACAUUGUUGUAUCAACUGCAGGUUCUGCACACGGUUUGACUCAUAAAUCAUCCUACGAGAUGUCUGACAUAGAUGAUAUGGCUGUUGUUGCCAAUCUCUUUGUUAGCAAAAAUGGUGUUUCCAAGAGUAGAAUUUUUGAUACAGAGCCUACCAGUAACCCACUCUAUAUACGACUUCGUCUUACGAAAGACUUCGUCAAACUCGCAAGGGAAGAAGGUUACACUAUAUCACGGACUGACUAUUUACCAACUCGGGCAGUGACGGAUACCGCAAUGGAAAACGCGACUUCCGCCGCAAAAGUUAUGAAUCCUGAAUUACUAUCUCGACAUACACAAAUGACAGACAUACAUGGACCAGCUGCUACAUCCGUGAUUGACAUUCCUGGCUUUGCAUACCAGGCACAAUUGAAUCGCGACAACGUCAUAGCCUACCGUCAUGACCUGUGGCCAGCAGAAGCCUGGAUACACAGACACCGAAAAAGCGGCUGGCCAGAUAAAGGUUUGCUCCACCAAUGUGUAUCAGCUGGAUGCUACAUAGUUCCCGUUGGUCCGGGGGGACUCCAGGGUCUAGAAUGGCGCUAUUCAUUCACUGCCCAGGAAAGACUUUUGGCGAACUCGUUAACUUUGUUGCAGAGGAAAGUGUACAUUAUUAUGAAGCUUAUUCAGCGUCAUUGCGUCCUUGAAGAAUUCCCUAGCACUGCUCUCAGUUCCUAUCAUUUGAAAAAUGUAUUUUUCUGGCUAUGUGAAAAAAUUCCGCGUGGGCACUGGACCGGAGCAAAUAUAUAUCAAAUAUUAGUUACAUUUCUUGAUGAAAUGUUGGGUUGUCUUGUUCGGGGAUAUCUACCGCAUUAUUUUGUGCCAGAGGGCAAUCUUUUCGCUCGCGUGCCCAAAGCACAUCUCCGGCAACUUGCCCGUUCCAUCAAAAAAUCAAGAAAUAAUAUGUUUGAGGUACUGGCCACUUUAGGUCUUAAAGUCCAGUUCAUUGACCUCUAUAAUGCCAGAAGCCCUAUGCUUCUUUUCAUUCAAUCCCUACAAAGUCGUCAACCAACGACAUCUUUUCAGCAAAUUCUGAUUUCAACCUUAAACUCCUUAGCGGACGAUUAUAUUCGCGAGAUCAGGCUUUGGCUUGGUAAGAUCAAGGCAGGCCAAGCUCAUAAACUGGACGGUUUUAAAAACAAGGAUAAUGAAGAAAAAGAUCGAAACACCUUGAAUCUGCAAGAACCAGAAGGAGUUUCGGAAACUGCAGGAGAUUGGAUCCAAGACCAAGGACUGUAUCACAUCGCCCUAAAUAACCUGACUGAGUGUCUUCAGCUGGCAGUGUGUGACAUGGAAAACUUAAGGAUGAACAAAUCAUGUCAGCACCAACACACGAGGGAGUUCCUGUUGGCAGUGAUGGUUAAAUAUAUGGUAAAACAUUCCCUAGAAGCCAGCAUUGUGGUGUGGAUCCUCACAUACAUUAACUUCAGAACUGAAAAGCAUGUGGACGUGAAGUCGACUUUGGAGAAUUUGUUUGCACUCUUUGAAAAGAAUGACCCCACAGCGCUCACACGCGAGGAAUACCAAACGUGGAAAUUAAGUGUAUUGACUGCUGCUGACCACCCUGUAGUCUUGGAAUGUCUGCCAAACGCAGAAUGGCAUAAGCGAAUGAUCAUGGGCACUGAUUCAAAUCUUCUUAAUUGGAUCUUUAAAGGUGUGCUUAAAGCUUUCAGAGGAAUAGAUAUUGAUAUUUAGACUGAAAUAGUUAGAUGGUUAACACUCACACAUAACAGAGAGCGACUUGGGUUUAAACAAUUGCUUUUGCUUUUGUAUGUGAAAGUAACAAAAGUUGUAGUAAUUGUAUAAGUUUAAUUGUUUUAAAUUGACAUUUGUGCUAAAAUCGAUAGUAUAUGGUAGGAUGAAAAGUUGUUUUUAAUAUUAUAGUUUUAUUUAAAACAAAUGCUCACAAAAAAUGGUGGUAUGCCCAUGUAUGUAUGCAAAUGUGACAUGGUGUUUCAUAUCUAUUAUGUUUAAAAUCACCAUUGUCAGGAAGAAGCGUGACUGGGUUAAACAAUUGAUUUAUUGCAUUAUAAGUAAAGUGUAUCUUUAGUUUGAAGUGUCUUAUCUACUGACGAAUGGCCCUCACGUAGCCCUUAAUGAAGGCCUACGUGAGGGUCAUUCGUAAGUAGAUCAGACACGUCAAACUGAACACACUGUAUACAGAUGGCCCGUCCUCUAGCGUUCAGUGAUUUACAGUAGGCCAUAUAUCACGCGUGUGAUCUGUACACACCCCUUUUCGCUGUUUUCACCCACGUAUUAUUAUUAUUAUUAUUAUUAUUAUUAUUCAGUUAGGGACAGCAGAGGAGGUAAAUACCUUAUGUUGGCAAUUUCGAAUUGUGAAAAUAAAUACCAAUCUGUGUCUUUUGUUUUGUUCCCGAUGACUUGUGUACAAAAGGCAAUUAUAAUGACCAAGAAAAAAACUUAUAUGAGUAGAAUGAUUCACACAUUUUUAUUCAUAAUAAUUAUUAUAAUAAUUGUAAAAUAAAAAUAAUUUAUACUGUCAAAAUGAUAAAUGUGCUAUUCGUCUCUAGCAAACUCCUAUAUCAAUUUAACGGUUUGUGUUAAGUGUUAUAUCUAAGAGUGAACAAAUGUCCUCUUUAUAUGGAAACAUGUUGGGCAGAUAGAACUGUAAAGAUAUUUCAAAUAUUGAAUUUAAAGUAAAUCUUUAUUAUUUUACAGACAGAAAGAACGUUUUCAAUGCUUUCUGCUAUGUGUACUUUUGCAGUUACACGUAAGUGCUCAAAUAAAGUUAGUAGGUUUAUUAUAAAACAUUAACAAUACCUUUCUCGAUGUUUUAUUUGUCUCCAGUUUUUUUUUCUUAUGAAGCAGGUCCUUUUAUCACUUUUGCUUAUUAUUUCCUAGUGUCCGCUGAUCAUGACUUAACUACGCAUAACGCUGAACAUACAUACACGUAUUGGCUACACAUUUGAAUUCAAGGCUACUACUGUGACGUGGUUAAUGUGCUCACAUAUUUGCUAUAAAGACUUGCGACCACAGAGAAGAAUAACUGAAUAACAUAUAAGUGAAACCUAUGAAUAAAACCUAUUGACUUAAGAUGUGUUACUCCGCACACUUUUCUUACUAAAGAGCGU